UCACAUGCCUGGAAACAAGAGUAGAGUUUGAACUGAUCUAGAAGCAGAUUUACUUGUUUUGUUUUUUUUUUUUUUUAGGCUGACUUCACCGUGUUUUUCACACAGAGCUCCAAGCAUUUUAUUGUUCUCAGACAAAUAAUUGAUCUGAAUGGCUCACAUGCAGACUCUCGGUCUGCUGGUGUCAGGAGGAAGCCCAGGCUGCUGCUGGGUCAGAACAUGAUCUUUUCGCUUAAGCUCAGUCUGCUGUGGCCAGCAAACAUCUGGUAGCACAUUUCUGAGACUCUUUCUUACUGCCUGCGUAGUGUUUGUGCGUGAGAUGAGGACAACUAGACAGGAAGGCAGAGGAGUAAAAUGUGCAGCUGCAGAGGAUCACCUGGAGGAGUCGCUCAUCUGAAACAACUCUGGAACCCCUGGAUUUAAUUUCACAACUCUGCUGUUAUUAGAAGAGUGAUUUUACUGAAUUUUGCAUUGAGUUUUUGCAUGACUUUUUGACAUUUUCUGCUAUAAUGCAGGAUCAAUUCCUCCUGUGGUGUGUCAGCACCCUGUCUUUAUCCUGAUCGUAGCAGGAAGGAGAAAAAAUCAUCACGUCAGUGCUGCAAACUCGGCUUUUUCUUUUUAAAUAACAGCGUUGAGCUCAAAGUUCAACCUCAGCUUGGUGUUAAUGACUUUUUACCAUUACUGUUACUCUACUUGGAGACAGUGUUUUGUCUCCAUAGCCGUUUUGACCUCCGGGAUGUUUGAACAUCUGUGAGGAUCUAAUCUGGACUCGUGACUGUUUCUGGUGUUUCCAUCAGGCCUGAGUGGAAAGUUUUUCCAUCUGUAUCUCCAGACGUCAUCAAGUGCUGCCAUGAUAUCGGUCUGCGGCUAAUCACACUAUUUAUUUGACAUCAGGGACCCUGAUUCAUUCACAUAGCAUUACCGAUGGAGUCCUUGUGUGAGCAGGGAGCUGGUUUCCAAGCCGAUCAGUCCUGUAACGAUGAGAGUCCCAUUGCGAUCUCCUCCUUUGCCUUACAGUUCGAAGCUGACUGCAUCGAUGGAGGAGGCAAUUAUGACAUAGUGACCAAUGCUGUGGUUUCCACUCCUGGGGCGCAAGGCAGCAAAACCCAAAAUGUGUCUUUAAAGCAAAGCUGGGAGAUGAACUACCAGGAGGCGGCCAUAUACCUGCAGGAAGGCGAGAACAAUGACAAGUUCUUUACUCACCCUCGAAACCCAAAAGCACUGGCGGCAUACCUGUUUGCCCAUAAUCACCUGUUCUACAUGAUGGAGCUGGUGACGGGUCUGCUGCUGCUGAUGCUGUCGCUGUGUGAAACUCCCGCCGUGCCCUCGCUGCGCCUAGACGUUUACGUCCAUGCCACUCUGGAGCUGCUGGCUUUGCUUCUGGUGGGAUUUGAGCUGUGCAUGAAACUUCGCUGGUUAGGCUUUGACACGUUCAUACGGCACAAGAGGACCAUGGUGAAGACAUGUGUGCUGCUGCUGCAGUUUGUGGAGGCCAUCGUGGUUCUGGUCAGGCAAACGUCGCACAUGCGUGUGACCCGAGCUCUCAGACCAAUAUUUCUGGUGGACUGCAGAUACUGCGGUGCUGUGCGCAGAAACUUACGUCAGAUCUUCCAGUCCCUCCCAUCUUUCAUCGACAUCCUCCUGCUGCUGCUUUUCUUCAUGGUCAUAUUUGCCAUCUUAGGUUUCUGCCUCUUCUCUACAAACACAGCUGACCCGUACUUCAAUUCUUUGGAGAACAGCCUCGUCAGCCUGUUUGUGUUGCUGACCACAGCAAAUUUCCCUGAUGUGAUGAUGCCAGCGUACUCCAAGAACCGCUGGUCCUGUGUGUUCUUCAUUGUUUACCUCUCCAUAGAGCUCUACUUCAUCAUGAACCUGCUCCUCGCUGUCGUGUUUGAUACUUUUAAUGAUGUGGAGAAGAUGAAGUUUAAAUCUCUUUUGCUUCACAAACGCUCUGCCAUUGACCACGCCUUUCAGCUGCUGGUCAGCCGACAGAGGCCGAUGGGUGUGUCUCUGAAGCAGUUUGAUGGUCUGAUGCGUUUUUACAGACCGCGGAUGUCUGCGAGAGGCCGCUUCCUCACAUUUAAAGCUCUGAACACGUCAGGGGCUCCUAUGCUUAGCCUGCAAGACUUUUAUAAGUUUUAUGAGGUCAUUGGCCUUAAAUGGAAGCCUCGACGGAGCAGAGAACACUGGUUUGAUGAUCUUCCGCACACGGCCUUCCUCAUUUUCAAGGGCAUCCACCUGGUGGUGAAGUCUACGGCCUUCCAGUAUGCCAUGUACGUGGUGGUGGCCAUUAACGGUGUGUGGAUCCUCGUGGAGACAUUCAAAAUGAACAGUGGAUACUCUUGGUCUGAAUUUGUUCCCUUGAGUUAUAUCAUUUUCCUGACGAUUUACGGUGUGGAAGUGCUGCUGAAAAUAGCCGGUUUGGGGCCGUUGGCUUAUUUCAGUUCCGGCUGGAAUCUGUUUGACUUGUCUGUGACUGUGUUCGCCUUCUUGGGGCUGAUCGCUCUGGCCUUCAACAUGGAGCCGUUCUACUUUAUUGUAGUCCUCAGACCCUUCCAGCUACUCCGCCUGUUUAAGAUAAAACAGCGAUACCGUAACGUGUUGGACACCAUGUUUGAGCUCUUCCCCAGGAUGGCCAGUCUGGGACUGACUUUAAUCAUCUUUUAUUACUCCUUUUCCAUUGUGGGUAUGGAGUUCUUUGCAGAUGUAGUUUACCCAAACUGCUGCAACACCAGCACAGUGGCAGAUUCCUACAGACAGAUCAACAAAACGUACGGCAACAAAACAGUGUUGGAAGAAGGCUAUUAUUAUCUCAACAAUUUUAACAACAUCCUCAGCACCUUUGUGACUCUGUUUGAACUGACUGUGGUCAACAACUGGUACAUCACCAUGGAAGGAGUGACGUCUAUGACGAGCCACUGGAGCCGUCUGUACUUUAUGACUUUUUACAUUGUUACCAUGGUCGUUAUGACCAUCAUUGUGGCUUUCAUUUUGGAUGCUUUUGUGUUCCGCAUGAACUACAGCCGCAAGAACCGGGAUCCGGUGGAUAAGGAUGAAAACGGGAUAGUGUUUGAAGUGGAGGUGAUGAGAGACGAAGCCGUUGCCACCUUAGAGUUGUACAAGCAGACAUCCCCAACACCUCCUUCGCUCAGUUCGCUGACUGCAGUCCUGCAAGCUAUGGACAAGAGUGGGCACACAUCUUGUGUUUACUUGGGGCGCAGGUCAAGAACAAAGAGUGACCUCAGUAUGAAAAUGUACGAGGAGGAGAUACAGGAGUGGUAUGCAGAGUACUCGAGAGAAUGUUUGCCUCAAAGAGAUGAAAACCUCAACCUAGAUCAGAACAGUCCGGUCACCGACCCGUCUCCCUUCCAAGAACAUCAGCCAAACUCACAGUGUGAACAUCACAGCAUUAACUAAAAAAAACACGUUGGCAUGAUGGACGUGCGCUUCAUCUGAACAGAGGAAACCCCAGCACUUCCACUUCCCCCAAACUCGCCAUAAUGCCCAUUGGGUGGAGGGAAGGAAUAAAAAUCAUGAGUCUCUGAACUGAUGUUGGUGAGAAAAUGACGCUGUGCUCUUCCUGGAGCCAGAUGGAAGUGUUAGGACUUUCUGACUUGCCCCUAAACAAGCUACGAGAGAUCUUCUAUUACCACAAUUUCUUUAUGUAUUUAUCAUAUUAAUUAAACCUGAUGCCUUAGUUUAACAGUUUCUGUGAACAGUAUUAACACACAGUACUUAUAUUAGAUUCUUUAAAGACCAAAAGAACACUAAACACUCCUUACAGGCCAAUCCUACCACUUAUUAUGUAAAAGGUUUCUUCUAACCAUCUCAGCAGACUCAAACUAUUUUAUAUAAGCUUUCAUUCUGUAAUGUACUUGAAAGUAACAGCAGAUUUGAAUAAACUAUUCAAAUAAUG